CCAGCAGCAGGGGGCGCUGCUGCUGCUGCUGCUGCUGCUGCUGGCUCCUCUCUGUACAGGACAACAUCCGGCCCUGCUGUUGUUGGUCUCUGUGUGCUGUGUUUUGAAUAGAUAGCUCUCAGCUGAUCUAAAGCAGGAUGGAAGAGGAGGCAGACUCAGGUGUUUCUCCACGAGCCGAGAGGAAAGCGUUGGAAAAGGCCAAAAUACUUGAACGAGAAAGCGAGAGGAAGAUCUUCAGACUGGUUGGACGGGUCCUGAAGAAGCCUGAGGCUGAGCGGUCGGAGGAGGAGGCCGCUGUGUUGCAGCUGCACAGAGACACCGUGGAGGAGCUCUGCAGGAGACGAGUCCGCAGAGAUGUGCUGAAGAGGAAGCAGGACGAGGUGUUUGAUGAUGCUGAUGAGCUGAAGAGUAAAGUCAAGCAGCUCGCCGUGGCAGUCAAACAAGCGAAACACCUGGUGGUUUACACCGGAGCCGGCAUCAGUACGGCAGCUUCUAUCCCAGACUACAGGGGCCCGAAUGGGGUGUGGACACAGCUACAGAAGGGACGGACAGUCAGUUCGUCUGACCUGAGUAAAGCUGAGCCGACCCUCACACACAUGUGCGUUCGGAUGCUACAUAAGGAAAAGCUGGUACAGCAUGUUGUUUCUCAAAACUGUGAUGGACUUCACUUGCGUAGCGGUCUACCCAGACCUGCCCUGUCUGAGCUUCAUGGAAACAUGUUUAUUGAGGUGUGUACGUCCUGUUCCCCGGUCAGGGAGUAUGUGCGUUUAUUUGACGUGACGGAGCGGACGUCGCGGCACCACCACGGGACAGGCCGCCGGUGCAGCCACUGUAGUGUUGAACUCAGGGACACCAUAGUGCAUUUUGGGGAACGUGGGACCCUGGAGCAACCUCUCAACUGGAAGGGAGCUGCAGAGGCUGCCGAGAUGGCGGAUGUUAUCCUCUGCUUAGGCUCCAGUCUGAAGGUGCUGAAGAAAUACGCUUGUCUGUGGGGCAUGAACAGACCAGCAAGCAAAAGGCCCAAACUCUACAUUGUCAACCUCCAGUGGACACCAAAAGAUGAUCUGGCUUCGCUGAAAAUUCACGGAAAGUGUGAUGAUGUCAUGAGCCUCCUAAUGGAGGAGCUGAACAUUCAGAUUCCUGUGUAUGACAGGGCGGAGGACCCCGUCUUCAGUCUAGCCACAUCUCUGCCGCAGGAAGAGGUCGACAGCCAUACUCGUGAAGUCAUAGCUCCCCUUGAUGGGCAGGAGGACUGCUUACCUGACUCUGGAGAGCAGGCAGAAGAAGCCACAGCCGUGCAGGGCGGCUGGUUCGGACGAGGCUACAACAAAGGAAGGAAGAAGAAGAAAAGAGCUGCGUGAUCAAGGGAACUUAACAGACGCACACGAUGUGGUCAAGUAUGUCAAGUCCCUAUGAGGGAUUCAAAUCUCAGUCCCAUAAUGAGGACGAGUUGGACUUUAGGGUGCUGUUAUGUCUUUUUUGGCUGCAUUGGUAUCAUUUAAUCACAUGCAGUGUGUGUGUGUGUGUGUGUGUGUGAAGGGAAACAUUCAUAUGAGUAUUUGCCAUUUCAAAAUGGCAACAUAAAAGUGUUUAGUAACAGCAAGAUCUGAAAGUGGCUUUGGUUAUGCUGUGGUAGUUGUGAUAAGUAUCAACCCAGUACAGCUAGCAGAGCCAGCAUAAAAUGAAAAAAUCUCCAAAGUCCAAAGAAAGUUUUGAAACCACUCCUGCAGCAUUAUGAUUUUUUCUGCUGUUGCUCUGUGUGGUCAGUAUGUCACAAACGCACAUAUUUUCAACAGCAUAGAGUUUUUACAGCCACAUUUAAAGCCUACAGGUGUUGAAUGAUCCUCAGAAGAUCAUAUUUUUGGUGGAGUAUCACUUUAACCUUAUUUAAAAUUGUAUUUUUGCCAAGUUGGUAUUGGUGUAUUGCAGUAACUAAUUUAAAGGUGCUAUUGAUGACAUUCAGCUACUAGAUGUCUCAUUCUCCCCCCCAGUUCCAUUGCAUUCACUUCACAACAAGUGGUGGCCAGUUUGUUGCACAACCUGCAUAUUAUAUGAUUGAGUGGAGUGAGACUCAGACACAUGAUACUAAUGUUGUUUUACUAUUAGCUCCCAAGCCUUGUUAGAAGUAGGAACCAAACAUUGGAUAUCUUCCACAGAGAUAAACAAAACAUUCAUUUUGGACCCGUCAAAAUUGAAUUCACAAUCAUAAUGAUUUUUUUCCAGGAAAAGGAAUAUUUUAACUGGCACCUUUCUGAAAGCUCCAUGGAUAUAUAUAAAUAUAUAUAUAUAUAUUUUUGGGGAAUAUUUGUCUACAUAAAAAUCGUAUCAAUAAGACCUUUAAUUUGAUAAGUGUAACAUGCUGCUGGUUUGAGCAUUAGCUAGAUGGACAUGGAAAUACUUGUGUCUUAAGUUAAAGUUUUUGUAUAUGUACUCAUAGGAAGUGGUAUAUUUAAGUGGAAAACAAGUGACUUUGUGUUUACAAGUAGCAAAUGCCAAAAGAACAACAGCUACUGCUGCCACCGCCUUUACUGACAAGAGAUUUAAAGAGAUUCAGGAGGUCAAAUAUUUUCUACAUGUAUUACUUGGAGUAAAAUAUAUUUUUGUAGUCUUUUUCAUACAUUUAAAACUUGCAUUGUUGAAUGUACCUUUUUUUAACAUGGCUCAUUUAUGUUUAUGUUUAUUUUAAAGAUAUUUUGGUUUACUUCGAUUAUUUCCUGAACUUAUCCAACCUUCAUUCUGCUGUCAUUCAUCCUCAGGUUUGCAGGCUAGGCAGCAACUACUGCUGUGCCUUGGUUUACUGAAGUUGUUGAAUUUGCCUAUGUUUACAUUUUUAUCUAAAUUUUUAUGCUGACACUCUGCUGCUGUCACUUCUUUGUCUAUUCUGAUUUGUUGUUAGGUUGUGUCUUAGUUACUGUUACCAUGAUUGGAAACAUCUGAAUAUGUGUCUCUAUUAAUUUGUCUCAGGGAGAUUCAGUGUUAUUAAUAACCCCAUCCUGUACCGUAUAGUGUCAGAAGUUAUUAAAGACCAGACUAGCUUCCAUAAGCUAGAGUUCAGCAUUCCUAAAACCAGUGGUUAAGAUGUAUGUAAAGACCCCAUGGUUUUCAUUGUAUUUUGCAAAAAAAGACGCUAUACUUGUGAGACAAAGUGUUCCUCAUUUUACAUUGUGUCUUGAUCACCUGCAUGUUUGUUGUAAUGGCCUUUCACCUUGGCCUUUGCUUUCACUAGUGAAUUAAUAUCAGUAAUACUGUUAUUGUACGUAGAUUUGACUUAAAGGUGCUAUUGAU